AUGGACCGUAAUUCAAGAAGCUCUAAGGGUGUUGGGUAUAUUGAGUUCUAUGAUGUCAUGUCUGUCCCCAUGGCAAUAGCACUUUCUGGCCAAUUUCUUCUUGGUCAACCAGUGAUGGUGAAGCCAUCAGAAGCAGAAAAAAAUUUGGUUCAGUCCACAACAUCUGUUGCUACUGGACCUGCUGGAGUUAUAGGCCCAUAUUCAGGGGUAGCAAGAAGGCUAUAUGUAGGCAAUCUGCAUUUCAAUAUGACCGAAACUGAUCUUCAGAUGGUAUUUGAAGCAUUUGGUCAGGUUGAGCUUGUCCAGCUGCCUCUUGAUGAAAGUGGGAACUGCAAAGGUUUUGACUUUGUGCAGUUUGCAUGCCUUGAAGAUGCGAGAAAUGCACAGAGCUUGAAUGGUCAAUUGGAAAUCGGUGGCAGGACAAUCAAGGUACGUACUAUUGUUUUGUCCUUAGAUAUGAGUUUAAUGGUCCUUGUUUGACUUAUGUUAGGUUUUAUAUUUUGGUGAAAUUUGAGCUCAUGCUUAUUUUGGAGAACGUGCAUUACUAAAAUAUCAAAAUGAGCACUCAGCUUGUGGAAUAUAACUUAAUUUUCAGGAAAAUAGACAA